UCUCCAGUUUACUGAUCCAGAAUUCUAUUUUCUUUAUUUACAACAGUACUUAUAAGUUGAAACUUUUCUCAUAAUCUCAAAUAUGCACUCGUUGAAACGGUUGAGUUGGACAAUUGGCAAAGUGCGUAGCAAAAAUGUUGUUAAAUCUACAUUUGAGAGUCAGUUACGCUGUAUAAGUAAGAUGGAAACGCCUCAGGGCCAAAAAGAACAACCAAGAAUCAGUCUCUCCAUACCUACAGGGGAAAUGGGACAACCUACAUGUCACACUCAUCCGCACUUAAUACCCGCGGGCCAGCUGACUUGUGGAGUGUCUCAAGCGGAAUAUGUUAAUCGUAGAGACUUUUUUGUAAGAAAAUUACAAAUGGAAAUGGAGAAUGAGCAUCUCAACCAUGUUAUCGUUAUCCCAGCUGCAGCGAAGCAAUACAUGACAGAGAAGAUCCCAUAUACGUUCCGUCAGAAUUCAGAUUUCUAUUACUUAACGGGAUGCAUGGAACCCGGCGCUGUACUAGUUAUCAUCAAACCAGCACAGACUGACAACUACCAAACAAUACUGUUCGUGCACGACAAAAACAGCCACGACGAGAUGUGGGAAGGUCCUCGUACUGGCUGCAAUGCUGCAGCCAAACUUUUUGCGGUCCACGAAGCGAGACCUAUUGAAAGUUUUUCUAAAUAUCUUUCGAGGACUGUAUCAACGAAGCCAUGUGUUCUUUGGUACAAUCGAGAGACUGCGUCUAAUCCGGAGAUCGUUACAAUCGUCUGUAAAACCUUAGAACAAAAUACCAUGCGAUGGGGCGACCCCCAACGCGUACUGCACUUCAUGCGGGUUAUAAAAUCACCAGCAGAAAUCGAGCUUAUGAAAGAGACUUGUUGCAUAGGCGCGCAGUCAAUCAACAUGGCUAUGGCUUGCACUAAACCCGGUGUUUCGGAACACUCAAUAAACGCAGUGCUAGACUUCACAUCUCGCCAAGGGGGUGCGGAGCACCUCGCAUUUCCGCCUGUCGUAGCCGGCGGUCACCGGGCCACGCACAUCCACUACGUCGCCAACAACCAGUUGCUGCACGACAAUGAGAUGCUUCUUGUGGAUACUGGCUGUCAGCGAUGGUUGUACAACUCUGAUCUUUCCCGAACAUGGCCCGUUAACGGCAAAUUCAACCCUUACCAUAAGAUACUUUACGAGAUCGUCCUUACUGCGCAGAAAAGACUAAUCCAGCUGUUAGGCGAGCAACGUCAGCCACUGGACCAGCUGUUCGACCAGAUGUGCCGGUUGCUAGGCACGUACUUGCAGCAGGAACGGAUUCUGCCCCACAAUAUAGAUGGCAACGAACUUAUAGCAAGUGCAUACCGACUUUGUCCACACCACGUGUCCCACUACUUAGGGCUGGACGUACACGACUCGCCACUCGUGCGCAGGAACGUUGCCGUGCAGACUAAUAUGAUUGUCACCGUGGAGCCGGGACUUUAUAUCCGCAACGACGAUCAUUCCGUCCCCGCGGAGUUCCGCGGCGUCGGCAUCCGUGUAGAAGACGACGUAUUGAUAACCGACAGUGAUCCUAUCGUGCUCACCGCCGAUGCCGUCAAAGAAAUCGACGACAUCGAAGCUAUUGUUGGGAAGCACAAGGAAUACACCCUUCGAGAAUAAAUAAGAAAAAUUAAUUUAUAACGCCCACUGGUGUUCGUAAUAACCGCUAGUGUUCGUAACGACCGCUGGUGUUGAUGGAAACCACUGGUGUUCGUAGCGACUGCUGAAGUUCGUAAUGACUACUGAUGUUCAUGACGACUAAUAGUGUUCACAACGACCACUGGUGUUCGUAAUGAGCGCUAGUGUUCAUAACGACCGCUGGUGUUGAUGAAAACCACUGGUGUUCGUAACGACCGCUGGAGUUCGUAACGACUACUGAUGUUCAUGACGACUACUGGUGUUCACAAUGAUCACUGGUGUUCAUAAUGACCGCUGGUGUUCGUAACAACCGCUGGUGUUCAAUAUUUAUAAGUUCUAGCUGAUUUGAGGUAUAGAUCUAUCCAUAGUACAGAAAAUAUUGAAAUUUUACAGUGAUUUAUAUGAUUUUUAUUAAGCACCUAAUUUGAGCGUAUUACAAGCCAAAUUUAAAUCUAAAUUGACAUUUUCGGACAAUACAAAACAAAAAAAAGAAACA